AUGAUGAGGGGUUUUCUCUAUAUCACAUUCUGUUUGUAUUCAAUGUUUUCAAGGAUGUUAAUACAUAUAUAUGACCUUUUUACUGCCUUCCUCCCUUGUAUGAUGAUAUUCCAAUGUACGAGUUUUAUAGAACAUAUUCCGUUCUUGCAUUGUUUCUUUUUCCUGUUCGUUUUCUGCUACUACAACAAUAAGAAGUAUUUCCGUGUGCGCGCGUUUUUUCCAUUUUUUUUUUGUUGGUGUUGUUGUUGGAAUGCGGGAAUAUUCCAUGAUUUAGAGGAAACUGUUGGUUUGCUAUUUCCACAUUUUAUUAUAUUGCAAAGACAGGGCCUUGUUAGUAAUAAAAUGAGCUAUGGAACCCACUAUUAA